AUGUACCUUGCCAUCAUGCAAAUAUACUACUUCGCUGUCUUGGCAGGCUUGGCCGACUGGGCGACUGCUCAUAUUCCUCAUUACCCCAGAGCACAGGAGGGCACCUGCAAGAAGACCACCGUCGCAAUUCUAGGUGGGGGAGUGGCUGGUAUUACUGCUGCUCAAGCUUUGUCGAAUGCUUCUGUCCACGACUUUGCUAUAAUCGAAUAUAGAGAUACACUGGGCGGUCGAGCCUGGCAUGAACCGUUCGGCAAGAACAAAGAUGGGAAGCCAUACAUCAUCGAGAUGGGCGCCAAUUGGGUCCAAGGCCUUGGGAACCCUGGUGGGCCUCAAAAUCCCAUUUGGGAGCUGGCCCAGAAAUACAACUUGAAGACCCAUUAUUCAAACUACGAUAAUGUUUCAACGUACAAUCAGCAUGGCUAUUCUGACUACAGUCAUCUUCUGGACGAAUCGGCCGCUGCGACCGACAUUGCAAGUGCAAAAGCGGGAGAGAUCCUCCGAAAUAAUCUCCAAGACCAGACAGCCCAAACCGGACUUGCGCUAGGUGGUUGGAAUCCCAAAAAACAUGACAUGGAAGCCCAAGCAUCGAAUUUCUCUCCGCUUGAGAGCUCUCUGGUGUUUGGCAUGGCUAGUACAAAUUUCACAUCGAAUACAUUCAGCGAUCACGAUAAUUUUGUCUUUGAUCAACGCGGUUUCAACACGAUCUUCCUGAGCGAAGCUGCCACUUUUUUGAAGAAGGACGACCCACGCGUCCACCUAAACACGCAGGUCGUCGACAUUGCAUACUCCGACGAGGGAGUUACGAUCCAUAACAAAGAUGGCAGCUGCAUUACAGCAGCCUAUGCCGUCUGCACUUUCUCGCUCGGCGUUCUCCAGAACAACGCUUGGAAGCAAACCGCGAUCCAGAAGUUUGCCAUGGGGACCUACACCAAGAUCUUCAUGCAAUUCAAUGAGACCUUUUGGCCUGAGAAUACCCAGUACUUCCUAUAUGCCGACCCUCUCCAGCGAGGCUGGUAUCCGAUCUUCCAGUCUCUCUCCAUGCCCGAGUUCAUCCCCGAAUCCAACAUUCUCUUUGUGACGGUGACGAACGAGCUCGCCUGGCGCGCCGAGCGCCAAUCGGACGAGCACACCAGAGGAGAAAUCAUGGAUGUUCUCCGCAAAAUGUUCCCUGAGAAGACGAUUCCCGAGCCAACGGCUUUCCUGUAUCCCAGAUGGAGCACCGAGCCGUGGGCUUACGGCAGCUACUCGAACUGGCCCCCUGCGACAUCACUAGAGGAGCACGAGAAUCUGCGCGCUAAUACUGGCAGACUGUGGUUCGCCGGAGAGGCGACUAGCCCGACUUAUUUUGGAUUCUUGCAGGGUGCGUGGUAUGAAGGCCGUGAUGCGGGUAGACAGAUCGCAGCGAUUAUGCAGAAUCGCUGUGUCCACGUGAACUCGACUAAGCUGCGUGAAUGUGGGCCUAGGCGGCACUAUGCCAUCCUGCACGGUACUUCACCAUUUAAAGAUUAUGCGGCCGUGAACGGCUGGGGUGGAAACAGCUUUUUGGAUACGAAUCCUGAGUAG